UUCAUCAGUCAGAGCAAAGCAACCACCAUGGAUUGUGUAUAUUCUCAGAUUUUAAUCAGCCUCUUUCUCUGUCUCACAGUCUGUCCAAGCAGGUGCAACAAUGUUAAAGUCUUUAGUGGACAGAACGUCACUCUACCGUGCAAAUAUAACUUAUCUUAUCAUGGGAAAUGUGAGAUAUGUUGGAUGAGGGGAGAUAUUCCAUAUUCUGGGUGUGGUGAUGAAAUUAUUGCCUCGGAUGGAGAUGUAGUGGUGAGGCAAGCAUCACAGAGAUAUCAGCUAAAUGGAGAAUUACACAGAGGAGAUGCAUCUUUGACAAUCCUCAGCACUACUCCGGAAGACUCUGGAAAAUAUGGCUGUCUUGUGCAGGUUCCUGGAUUGUUCAAUGAUGAAAAAAUCAUAGUCAACUUAAUCAUUAUGAAAGAGCCUUUACAAACUGAAGUGAAUUCCUUAUUACCAAGUACCACUGAGCUGGUAACAAUGGACCCAUGGCACACUGAGCUGGUAACAAUGGACCCAUGGCACACUGGACCAACACAUGAGAAUAAUAUAGCUGUGAAAAAACAAAAGAAUUAUAUAAUUCCUAUAACUGUUAUACCAAUCCUGCUGAUAUUCCUGGGUUUUGGCACCUUUGUUUUUCUGAUAUGUAAGUACAUUUACACUGAUUUAAAAUCUUUGCUGUAUGCCUUCAAUCUUAGGCGUUUUGUAAGCUCACGCAAGCGCAAGGAGCGGAUAGCGCUACCCUUUAAGUGUGUAACGACGCCUCCAACGGUGCAUGAGCGAGCAGUUAAAAAAGAUGCGGCCGGCAUCUGUAGUCGCGAUAGUCUUCGGCCCUUCCUGGCUGACUGGUAG